AUGCGAUACUCAUCUCAGCCGAUCGGUUCUGACGAGGACAGACGGACGAGCACUGACAUUCCGGAUGUCUUCUCAGAUGGCGCAGCUGAUGGUAUCUCAGCAUCUGAGCCGGGCAACAGCGGCGACCAAUCUGAAGUUUCUGAUGAUGAUUCGAUUCUUGACAACGAGGAGGAAGAACAAGAGCUUUCCACAAUGCACUACCUCCAAGAGGCUCAAUCUCUGAGUCUCACAGCUCCGACAGAACCGUUAUAG